UUAUUUCAUUCUUUAGCGGCUUAGGAUGCGUUGGCCUAUCUCAACCAACAGAAACUGAAAUGGCCGAUGCCAUGCCACUCUUGGCCUCUUCUCUUCACCCUAUCACUCUCCCUCGCUCCUCUCUUCGUCUUCUGUCUUGCCCUCGCUCCGCUUCACCCUUCUCUCUGUCCGCUUCUUUCCCAAAAUUCCCUUUCACCACCAAAAUCCAAUGCGCCAACACCAACAAACAACCAGACUCUCAGUCCCAAGCGACCUCGAGUUUCGACCCCAAAAGCGGUGUCGCAGUUUACAAGCCCAAGUCCUACGAAGUGCUCGUCACUGAUGCUGCUAAUUCUCUCGCUUUCGCUCUUCAGGAGGGCAAAACCCGCUUGGAGAUUGAUUUCCCGCCCUUGCCUAGCAACAUUUCUUCUUACAAGGGAUCUUCAGAUGAGUUCAUUGAUGCCAACAUUCAACUUGCCCUGGCUGUUAUCAGGAAGCUCCAAGAGAAAAGGGAAACCAGAGCUUGCAUUGUGUUUCCUGACAAGCCAGAAAAGCGCAGGGCUUCUCAGCUUUUCAAAGCAGCUCUUGACUCGAUUGAUGGCAUAACCAUAGGUUCGCUUGAUGAUGUUCCCAGUGGUGCUGUCACCUCAUUUUUCAAGUCUAUAAGGAACACCUUGGAUUUUGAUUUUGAAGAUGAUAAUGAAGGUCGUUGGCAGUCCAAUGAACCACCAUCCCUUUAUGUAUUUAUUAAUUGUAGCACACGUGAACUUUCUGCUAUAGAGAAGUAUGUGGAAAAAUUUGCCACUUCAACCCCAACUCUUCUGUUCAAUCUUGAACUUGACACAUUGCGUGGUGACUUAGGUCUUCUGGGAUUUCCAACCAAAGAUUUGCACUAUCGAUUUCUCUCUCGGUUCAUCCCAGUGUUUUAUAUUCGGAUCAGAGAGUACUCAAAGACAGUGGCAGUAGCACCUUUUGUUGUAAAUUACAAUGGAGCAUUGUUUCGUCAAUACCCUGGUCCAUGGCAGGUGAUGCUUAAACAAGCAGAUGGUUCUUAUGCUUGUGUAGCAGAAAGUGCAACACGCUUUACACUUGGCGAGACCAAAGAAGAACUGCUGAGGGUCCUUGGACUGCAGGAGGAAAAAGGAAGCUUACUAGAAUUUCUUCGCAGGGGCUACAAGGUUCUGGUGGCCUCUGCGGUUUCAGCAAGUUUGUACCGCUAGUGCUGCGAAGCCUGUGCCCACGAAGAGCAUUGGCUGCAAAGCGAGACGCAAGGAGUGUUGCACCAAAUCUGGACGAACUACUUUGUGACAGUAAUGCCCUUCCAUCAUCUUCCUGAUCAUGCUCAGCUGCUUCUUCCUGGAUACGAAGUUCUGCUGCUUUCCUCCUGGCAUACUUACGCCAAGAAGCUUGGAUUAACAUGGCGGCCCAAGUCCUCCAUUGCUGCGAGUAGAAACGGAAAGUGUGCUGCACCUGCCUGCUAUGAAGACGCCUAAACUGACUUGCAACGAACUUCAGCUCUUCAGCUUCCAAGGCAAAAGCCUCUACCUCAGUUAAGGCCAUUACAGUCCUAGUAGAUGAGGGUAAGCUAUUACCAGCUUUAGGGUCCAGUGCCCAAGUUAGAAGCUCUUCUCCACAAAAAUCCCCUUCUUUCAAGAAUCCUCUGUUGAAAAAUCCACUCCUUCCACCAUCAGUAGUCACACUCUCUAGGCGGCCACGAAUGAUGAAUAGCAUUUCAUCGACAGGGUCCCCUUCACGGACUAUGUGAGUUUCGUCUGUGUAUAGACUUGGCUUCAGUCGUUCACAAAUAGCAUCUAGCAACCUUUCAUCCAUAUUGGCAAACAGAGGAACCUGCAGUCGUGUUCCUUAGAGAAGAAUGAUACACCUGGAGCAACAAAAAUACAAAACUGGAUAUACUUACCCUUCUGACUAAAUUUAAACAAAGAU